AUGAAAGUGAAAAAUACAAAAAGCCAAAAACAACAUAAGACCCAUAAGACGGAAACGGGAACGCUGGCGGAGGAAAUUGAAACUUACGGCGUUAAUGAUCUUAUCUCUUUUCUGGAAAAACAGAAAGGGCUUGACUAUGACGACGCAGAAAUCAUUCGUAAGGAAAAAAUUAAUGGUCAUGCCUUCCUUAAGUUCACCACCAAGAAAUUUCGAGAUUGUGGUAUGCCUGGCGGAACUGCUAUGAUACUUGCGGAUUUUGCCAAGGAAUGCAAGGAAAAAAAGUCACGCGCAUUCUCCUCGUACAGAACUAAGAAAGACUUGAAAGAGGUGUUAGAGAAGUAUGGAGCUGGUCGAAUAGAAGAUAUACCGCAAUUUUCACCAAGGAUUCACAAAAUCGAUGAAAAGGACGAAUCCUUUUUACAUUGCCUCAAAGAUAUACGUAUCAAGUUAUCAAAUAUGGGGACAGUCAAUCAAAGCAACGAAGCAAUUCGUUGUGAAUAUAUUUCAGCAAUCCUCCACGCAUGUGUACAUAUUACCAAAAAUCUCACUGGAAAAUAUAUAAGAAUAAACCCGCAAUUCGAAAUUAUUGGUGGCGAAAGUACCGGUCGUGUUGAUUAUGCAAUCGGAGCGCUCGAGGAGUUAUUUUGUAUCACGGAAGGCAAACAAUUUCAAAUUGAUAUCGGGUUCGCUCAGAAUAUUAUGCAAUGCGAAAGUGCCUACCGAACAAAUAAAAGAAAACAAAAAGCGGAUGAUGCUUUUUACGACUAUAUCUUCGGGAUUGUAACUACAGCUACGGAGUGGUAUUUUCUUCUUUAUACCCCAGACGGAAUUUCUUGCACGAGUAAAAAUCCACUCAGUAUUCGUUUUGUCGAGUCUGCUUUGAAGGAGGGUUCGGAGGAAGAAAAGGAGUUGUAUAAAAGCGUGAAGCGGGUAAUGGAGGUCAUAGUUGGUUUGCUGAAGGAUAGGGUGGACGUCGAGAAAAUGCCGGUGGUGAAAAAGCAACGAGUUUGUAGUUAUUUCGAGGAGUAA